GUGAAGGGGGGAGUCAGAAAACAAACAAGAAGCGGCGUCAGUAGCAGCGUGGGGCUCUGGUAACUCUUCAUUAUCCUCCACUCCCAUUCAUACACACAGACACGCACACACGCACCCACUCACUCAUACACACACACACAUACGCACACACAUACACACAUGCAUAUUCUCAUCCAACCAUAAUAUGAAAACAUAAUAAUCCUCAAGGACCGUACUCUUAUCCUGACUCACAACUCUCCAGCUUUGCCAUCCUUCUACUUUACAUCGCUGGCUCUGGACACCGUGGGAAAAUAUAACAGCGAGCGUCUGUACUGCGAUUUGCUUUAUUUCUACCCUUUUCUGAAUGACGGGCGGACGGUUCGACUUCGACGAUGGAGGCACUUAUUGCGGCGGUUGGGAGGAUGGGAAAGCCCACGGACAUGGCAUUUGCACUGGACCCAAGGGCCAGGGGGAAUACUCCGGGUCCUGGUCACACGGCUUUGAGGUAGUGGGUGUGUACACCUGGCCCAGCGGGAACACAUAUCAGGGCUACUGGUCACAAGGGAAAAGGCACGGGCUGGGUGUGGAAACCAAAGGACAGUGGACCUACCGUGGAGAGUGGAGUCAUGGGUUUAAGGGUCGAUAUGGGAUACGACAGAGCCACAAUACACCUGCGAGAUAUGAGGGUACAUGGAAUAAUGGUCUUCAGGACGGAUAUGGGGUCGAAACCUACGGAGAUGGAGGUACAUACCAGGGACAGUGGAUGGGAGGAAUGCGGCACGGAUACGGUGUGCGCCAGAGUGUGCCUUAUGGGAUGGCUACAAUUAUUCGCUCGCCGCUUCGAACAUCCCUCGCCUCGCUUCGCAGUGAGCAAAGCAACGGCACCGCCCUGCAUGACCUCACGGACACCCCGGUCGGGAGCAGGGGGGGGUUCGUCCUGAACUUUCACAGUGAUGGCGAAGUCGUGCCGAAGAAAAAGGGCCUGUUCAAGAGGGGCACCCUGUUCGGCAGCCUCAGGCAGCUGAAGAAGUCGGAGUCCAAAACGUCGAUAUCCAGCAAACGCAGCUCCGCGCGGAGCGACGCCGCCAUGAGCCGCAUCAGCUCCAGCGACGCCAACUCCACCAUCAGCUACGGCGACGGAGAGCUCCCGGACGAGUACAUGCCCAUGGAAGACCACGUGGACGCCACCACCACCGAGUCCUACAUGGGUGAGUGGAAGAACGACAAGCGGAACGGCUUCGGCGUCAGCGAGCGCUCCAACGGCAUGAAGUACGAGGGCGAGUGGACCAACAACAAGAGGCACGGCUACGGGUGCACCAUUUUCCCCGACGGCACCAGGGAGGAAGGGAAGUACAAAAACAACGUGCUGGUGCGCGGAAUACGGAAGCAGCUUAUCCCCCUUAAGAACCCCAAAACGAAAGAGAAAGUGGACCGCGCGGUGGAGGGGGCCCAGAGAGCGUCGGCUAUCUCCAAAACCAAGGUGGAAAUAGCAGUGUCCAGGUCACGGCCUGGCGGGGAGCCACGUUUGAGGCGAGAUGUCAGGAUGACCUCAGUGACGUUGUAGGCGCUUAAUUGCUGGCUGGAUCCUGGAGCACGGCCAGCUCCGCCAGUCUGGAUCUAACUGUGGCCGGGGCAGACCAGACUGAGGAGGCUGAAGUUCACACCGAGUGUCUGUCUCAGGUUGGCCCCGUUGCUCCGGAUGGCAGCACGGGCACACGAGGAGGAGGCGCCGGAGGAGCACCCAGGAGAACUGUGUCAGCAUAUGUGUGACAGAGGGACCUGAAGUGGGCCAGCGCUCCCAGGAGCGACAGGACGCGCCUGAAGAUGACAGUCCGCCGCGCGCCUGUCUGCCAGAGAUUGACGAGGAGGGCCAGAAAGGAGGCCGCACGCAGGGGUUGAAAUUUAAGAACGCACUAAAAUUAGAGAGGUGCUAAUAUGCAUACCUCUGUAGUUUUAAAUACCACUAAAGUCUUGAAGCGAGCGCAAAAAAAAAAAUUGACGCUGCCUCUGAAAAGAGUAUUGACAGGGUGCUUUCAGGGUAUUAACUCAUCUGAAGAGUUGUUAAAAUAUGAAUUCUGAGUAAUUAUCCUUCAAUUCACUUUCUGUUUGUUAGCCUAUGAGAGCAAGACAUAAGGCCUUUCUAGUGGGUUGCUACAGCGUAGCCUUUAAAUCAUUAUGAACUGUGCAGCUUAAAGGAAAACAAUUGGCUGCUUUAUACAUGUAUUUAAUGUUUAAAAGUUAACAAUAAGAAGAUGAUUUAAAAUAGCUUGACUUUUGAUAGCCAGAAUCAGGUGGAGUGUGUUGUGUUGAAAUUGAGGUAGCAGUGGAGUGUGCGAAUGCUGGGAUCUCAGCUCUGUCUGUCAGAGCUGGAGGGAACAGGUGACUCCCCUGAGUCAGUCUCACUGCCUGGGGCUUGUUUCGCAAGCUAAGUCAAGCGUAGCGCGCUGCACAAUUUCUUCUUGCAAUGAUGGGUAUUUCACAGUCAAUUCAGUAUCUGUACAGGAAUCAAGGAGAUGAGCGUGCUCACCAAAUAUUAUCUCUGGUCCAAAAAGGACCUUCCUACUCCCUACAUGCAACUUGAAGGCCAUACCUUUUUUCUUUUUUUUUUAUUGCGAGUGAUACAAUUUUGUGAAGGUUUGUUUUGGUGAAACAUUACAAUCUGUGUGUGAAAGCAGUUUCAAAUUGCUACACCCUGAAAGAAGCCCGGUAUUGCUCCACCACCCUGCCACCUCCUGCUGUAUCUUCUCCCUUGGAUGCCCUUUCUGGAAUCUGAGAAAGCUGACAUCCCAUCGUCAGCCGAGAUUUAAGUAUUAAACCCAGUUUGGAUGCAUCACUUUCUGCUUUAUAAAUAGAAAGUGGCAUUGCUUCCUCGCUACAUUUCCAGACAAGUAUCCGAGUGCAAGCUCCAUACACCCUUGUUGUCCACAAUGACCUCCUUUGUACCAGGGAUGAUUUAUCUCUCCAGAGGAAACUAUCCUACAGCAUAUAGUCUCUCAUACAUUUUAAUGUCUGACUUGCAUGUCACUGAACAGGCCACCUCUUUAUCUGAAGGCUUUGAAGAAGUUGCUAAUAUGGACAUCAUCGCAUUAGAAUUUCCAAAAAAAGAAACGGAAAAUUGAGCCAAGGCAGCAUAGUUGAAUCUGGAUGCUGGAUAAUGGUCUGGUACGAUAUAAUAGAGUCGUCUUAAUUCCACGCACCAUCUGCCUUGAUCAGAGUAUUCUCACUGUUUUAGACAGGUUCUUAUAAAAAUGCAGAGUAAAACCUAUCCACCACAUUUUACAGGAUUGAUGUUGUCCCUUUCACCCAGUAUUGCAUGGUUAGGUCUCAUGGGAUGAGCUUUAAAAAGAAAAUCCCUUGUCCUUAAUAUAUUGAUGUUCUGUCCGGGACAGUGGGCCUUCUGGAGGAAUGAAUGCUGCUGUCUUACACACUGGCCUAAGGUCACAGUUUGUUUGCUUACAUUUCUUAAUUGCCUGGUCAAGAAUCUGGUCACAUCCUUGGUUCUUUUUGUCCAUGCUUUCCUUCAUCAGAAAUGUCUUGCUGGGCUGUGCAUUUUUGGCAUCAGUAGAGUCGCUCAAAGCUUUUAAGUGGCUUCAGUUUAUCACUGUAGUUUUUCUAUUUGUCAGUCCUCCAAAAACAGAACGCUUGGCAUUUGGGCCAGUACUUUAUAUACAUAUUCAUUAUUGAAAUGCACACAGCUAAUAGAUAGAUUACUUUCAGAAAGAGUGCUUAUAGAGACCUGCUCAUUCAAGUCAAACGGCAGCAGGGAAGAGACUCUGAAUCCCACCUGCUUUCAAAGGCAAAGCCUGGCUUUGUAAGACUCAACAAUCUCCAUGUGUGUGUUUCUUUUUUACCACCCUGUGGUAAUACCUUCCCCAAAGGAACAGACUGAAGAAAGCCUCCAGGCCUAUAUUUAUAUGACUGUGUUAGAACAUCUCAGGUUAAUCUGGAAAAGCAGGGCUUGAUUUUCGCUUAGGAACUUGGGAGUCAGUGAGUUGCAUGAUCCCCCCCCCCCCCCCACAGCCAAGACAGAGCACUCAGGUCUAUCUGUCAUACUCAUUCAGAUCAAUCCAGAAGGCACAGGUCAUAUAAACUAGGGUCAGCAAUAGUAGAACUAAAGAAAUUUCUUUCUGUAUUUUUUCCUGCUGAGAGUUCUGGAUUCAUACAAGGUAACUCAUGUUACCAAGAGUAAUUUUAGCAAAUGGGGUAGACUUUCGGAUCAUUAUACUUACAAGGAAUGAUGGACAGCCACAUUCUUAAGAAUCGUUUUACCUUAAAGGCUAAGUUUGCUGAAGGAAAUUUCUAGUUCAUACGUAGUUCUUUACAUGUGUUUUAUUGAGCUAUCCAUGCUGGAGAUUUUGUGUCACAAACCCAUAAAAUUCAACCUCUCCUUAUUGUAACAACUUACAUUUGCAAAUCACAUUGCUGUUACUUGUUUUUGGGAGCUGAAGAGAGACUCUGACCAUUCUUUCAUAGGAAUGCGUUUUAGGACAUUUUCAACAUUUUAAACAUUUGACAAAAGGACAGAAACUUUGGUUUCUUUCAAAUUCCCAUGUACAGUAGAGACGAUUUGCCCAUUCCAAAUGUCAAUUUAUUGGUCAUGCAUAGAGAAGGUUAAUGUUAUGUGAUGGAAAACAUGUGGAAGGAAAUGAAGAUCUCCUGUACAAUCAUUUCAAAAUGUACCCCCAAAUUUUUGAGUUCUUGCCCAUGAUCUCUGCUGUCUUUUUAUAGCCUAUUUAUAUAAUAUGUUUCCAUGACAGGAAUGUCAUAUGCAGAAGGCCUUCACUGUCUGUAAAAACACAAAGAGUUACAAACCAUAUUUUCUUCCUUGUAAAGCAGAUAACAUGUUGCUAAAAUGUAUUUUUGCCUAUUCUUCAUGUGCCAGUAAUGAGUGUGCAUGCUCUGUUUGGUGCAUGAGCAGGGUCUGGGGGAACGGGUGCCCUCCCUAGUGUGACAGGCUCUAAU